AUGGGAAGCAGUAAGGAGAAGAGCAAGUUGGUGAAGCAGUUAACUGAAGGGCAACAGCAGGUGUUCACGGCCACAAACGCAUUGGGGUUAGGCAUUAAUGCGCCAACAAUUCAAGCGGUAGUGCACGUUGGAACAAUUCGAAAAAUGCGGCAUUACGCGCAGGAGAGCGGAAGGGCAGGGCGUGAUAGGCAGAAGAGUAAAGCAAUAAUUAUGCACGGAUUCCAAAUAGAUAAAAGGGGUGUUAUUUAUAAG